AUGGUGAAAAUUUUCUCCAGCAGUAGCACUAGUUGCGUUGAUUAUGCUUUAGAUUAUCUGGGCUGGUUUGACAAGAGGUUCAACUAUCAGUUCGAUUCAGAUAUUUGGAAGCUGAAGGCGGGGAUACGUCUGUUGAAAACCUUUGAUCUGUAUAUUAGAAAGUGCAGUAGGAGGAGGAGCAACCAGGGGAUGUGUUUGGAAUAUGAUAAGGAGGACAAGUGUGAUGCUAAGUCUGACAGUUUGAGACUUAGCAGUAUUUCGUUCGGGAUUCAAGAUCUGGUUUGGGGGAUAAUGCGUGGACUUGACUCUGCAUUUUUAAGAUAUAAUCAGCUUGACGCAUAUGUUCUUAGGGACAUCAGAUGCGAGUUCACCAGACUCAAGAAAAAUAUGAGGUUGUUUUUUAAAACAGAUAUCAAGAAAUCGGGCAUCAUCAGUUUGUUGCUCUGCUACUCGCUAGAAGAUUUACCACUAGUUAUGGAUUUCAUUGAUUCCAUUUCAGAGAAUCUAAAGCAUCUGUGCAGCAGCAAUUGCAAAGUUGAUGAAGCUCUGAAAAUUGUAAUGGUAACCCUUCAAGAGAAGCUAAUGUUCUUGAAGAGUUUCAUUCGCUUUGCAACACUGCGAGGUGUUGAGGGUCAGCCAUUGAUAGAUCUAUUGGUUCACGCUGAAGUUGUGGCUGUCAAUGCUGCAAGCCUGGCUUCUACAUCUUUUUUUCAAAAAAAUAGUAAGAAAGUGUGCAAAAAGAUGGAACCUCAAAUUUAUCAACUGAUACACAAGAUUGAUCCUGUUCAUCCUCAAGUCCGAGAAACUUAUAUCCAUGUCCUGCAAGCUUCCAAGUUAUUGAGAUCAUCAUGCGUUCUAGCUCUGGAGGAGAAUAAGAAUCCAGUGGCUGACUUUGUUGAUUAUCUCCUAUAUACUAUCAUGGAGCUAGAACAGUCUUACACCAGUUUCCCGGCUCCAGUGAAGGAUCAAGUGCUAAAACUCCACGAGGGAGUAAGAUUUCUGGGUAUCCUUAGCCAGCAGCAGGAGAAGUUCAAUGAGCUAAAUGAUGAAAUGAAGGAUCUUGCUAGAGUUGCAGUCUCUGAUGCAGGAAUCAUGAUUUUCUCCCUUUCCAUGAAUGAAAUGAAAGAAGGCUUGAGCAAGGAAACAGAUUUGGCGCUUUCUCAUUUGCUCAAAGUGCUCGAGUUGAUCAUUGCAGAAGUUGGACACAAUUGUCCACUACCAUCAUCAUCAUCACUUAGUUUCCCUAGAACUAAUGAGCUUGGCUCUCUUGAUUUGCUUCUAGAAACUCUCAAGGAACUAGCAAGUUCUACAGCUGAUUCAAUUGGUUUCCCAAAUGAACAAAUACGCACAAUCCUAGAAGAUCUUGUAUUCUUAAGAUCUUUCCUAGGAAAUAUUGUGCAGCGGUGCAACCAGAAUGGAAAACUCCAAGCUCUUUGGAGUCGUGUCAUGAAGGUUGCAUACAGUGUAGAAUUAAAAAUUGACUCUGCACUGCUUGGUGAUAUACAUGAACAUUGUUUGGAUGUUGUUAUUGGAGAUGUCAAGCUUUUGAAGAUUGAGGCUGAAGAGAUCUAUGAUAACAUAAGAUACAAUGGUGAAACCCGGAUAGUUACCAAGACUACCAUUCACAUGCCAUCACAAAUUACUGCUCCAAUAUUUAAUGAAGCUCUAGUAGGUCUCAAUGAUGAGGUGGAAAAUAUAAUUGAUAGACUUACGAGAGGAUCAAGUCAGUUUGAUGUUGUUGCUGUUGUGGGUAUGCCUGGACUUGGUAAGACAACUUUAGCCAAUAAUGUCUACAAUGAUCCUUUAAUAAAGUUUCACUUCCAUAUUCGUGCUUGGUGUACUGUUUCUCAAGUAUAUUGCAAGCACAAUUUAUUACUGCAGAUUUUUUGUGUUAUUGAUCCUUUGAGUUCUAGCCACUAUCAUAAGAUGAACGAAGAUGAUUUGGCUGAAAAGCUCUACCAGCAUUUGAAAGGGAAGAGGUAUGUCAUUGUUUUGGAUGAUGUUUGGGACAUUGACUGGUGGAAUUUGUUGAAACAUUCAUUGUCAGAUGAUUGCAAUGGAAGCAGGAUACUAUUAACCAGCAGAUUUCAGAAUUUGUCUUUGCAAAUUAAAUCUAAUAGCAAGUCUCACCAUCUUCGCCCACUUACUGAUGAAGAGAGUUUGGAAUUGCUGCAGAAAAAGCUAUUUGCCAAAGAAGAUUGUCCUCCAACAUUAAGUGAAUUUGUAUUGCAUGCAGCAAAAUACUGUAAUGGCUUACCUCUUGCAGUUGUCCUUGUUGCUGGAAUUCUUGCUACUACUCCGCAAGAUUGCUGGGAAGAAGUCGCAAGACAUCUAAGUUCCACUAUUUUUGUGGACAAUGAACACUGCAUGGAGACACUUGAGCAUAGUUAUAAUUAUUUACCAGAUUAUUUGAAGCCAUGCCUUCUUUACUUGGGUGCUUUUCAAGAAGACCAAGACAUUCCUAUCCAAAAGUUGUUAUGA